AUGACCAUCUCCUGUGGCACCCAAAGCUGGAAGGUGCACCAAGCAAUCGUCUAUCGCGCUUGUCCGCUGUUUGAAAAGGCGUUGGCUGGAGACUGGAAGGAAGCACAAGACAACACCAUCGACAUGUCGACUCACGCCCCUUGGAUGAUUGACCAUCUCGUGGAGUUCAUCUACACUGGAGAAUAUUCGACCUAUCAACACACGACCAAAGGCGACGGUGAUGUCAAUCGCGAUGACAAUAGCUGCUCCACGCUCCUCACAAAGGACCAAUUACUCCAUGGUUUUGAUCAGACCGAGCUGCCCACUGCUUUCACGACUCCCGACAUCAGUGAGCGUCUCACGGGUUCGGGUUAUCCUAAUCGUGGACUUUCCCCGGACCGUAUCAGAGAGGGCCUUUGGAUCUCACCGUAG